AUGACCUAUGCAGUGACGAAAAAUCGCAUGGAAACAUUAAAAGAAAAAUUCGAACAGUGCUCAAAAUUAGAUGCCAAAUUACACGCUUCCGCUGACUCCAAGGAGAAGACCACGCACCCCUACUUCUCAGAUCACGAAUUUGACGAGUGCGAAGAAGCCUACGAGACAGCGUUGGAUUAUUUCGCAGAGGUUGUACAUGAACUCUCCAAAUCAUCAGCUCAUCCUGCAGCUAACGUAAGUCAUUUGCACGACUGUCAGUCUCAUACGACACUCAACCUACCGAAGGUCACAUUGCCGGUCUUCGAUGGAUCGUUCGACAAAUGGGAGAGCUUCCGCGAUCGUUUUCAAUCGAUGAUUAUAGAAGAAAAAAGCCUGUCUAACGUACAAAAAUUGCAUCAUUUAUUCUCGUGUCUAAAAGGCGAAGCGCUCACCGCGAUCGAACAUUUAACGAUUACUUCUGAUAAUUUUGCUGUAGCGUGGACGAUUCUUUCGUCCAAUUUUGAAAACGAGCGUCGGCUAAUCAAUUCGUAUAUACAUCGCUUAUUUACAUUGCCCAAUGUCACGGCGAAAUCGGCGACCGAACUUCGAGCUCUACAGAGCAAAUUAACUGCCGCAAUUGCCGCGUUAAAAAAUUUGUCUCGUCCGGUCGAACACUGGAGCGAUAUUUUUGUUUAUAUUAUCACACAAAGACUCGACAAAUCCUCGCGCGAAGCGUGGGAAUUGAAGUUAGGAAAAACAACCGUCUAUCCUACGUUUGACGAAAUUAGCGCGUUCUUGGAUUCUCGUAUUCGCGCUCUCGACGCCCUUGUACCGAUCGCUUCGACACUCGAUAAACAAAGCGAUAAAUCAAACGCGAAAUUAAAACAAAGGGCUGUCACUUUGCAUACAACAAGCGCCACGAAACUUUCGUGUCCCGUGUGCGAAUCGAAUCAUUUGUUAUAUCAAUGUACCGCGUUCCUCGGAAAAACGCCGACUCAGCGAUACGAAAUUAUUCGUAACGGCAAGCGUUGCCUUAAUUGUCUCAGUUCGAAGCAUCAAGCAAAAGAAUGCCCGAGUACCCGCUCGUGUAAAGAAUGUCACAAAAGGCAUCACACGCUUUUACAUUUUUUUGACGCUCCGAAAUCAGCUGUUCAAGCGUCAUCGUCUCCCGCGUCAACAAAUCCCGUCAUCUCGACAAGUGACGUUUCCUCGCAUAUCGUUGCGAAAGCUGUAACAGCGCGUCACAUUCUCCUUGCAACUGCUCGCGUUCGCGUGCAUUCAAUGCACGGUCGAUUCCAAUGGGCCCGAGCGCUCAUCGAUCAAGGAUCUGUGUCAUCCUUUAUAACCGAAAAUUUAGUGCAGUCAUUAAGACUUCCGAAAUUAAAUACCGCUGUUAGGGUAACAGGUAUCGGCGAAACGCAGACAAGCGUUCGACAUGCCGUUCAUCUAACGAUAACUCCCAGCAACGCGGACACUCCGGUUUAUAGAACCACCGCGUUAAUUUUAAAAUCGUUAACUCGAUAUUUGCCAAACCGUCUCGACAUUCCAGAGCAAUGGCCGCAUUUGAAUGGCCUUUCGUUAGCUGAUCCCGAUCCCGCAGGAUCAGAUCCAAUAGAAAUAAUUAUCGGAGCGGAUCUUUUCGGGUCACUCAUCCUCGACGGCGUUCGAAAAGGCGCGGUUGACGAACCGAUCGCUCAAAAUACCGCGCUAGGCUGGAUCAUAUCCGGACCUAUAGCGCAACUCAGACCGCUCUCGCAGUCGUCCAUUGGAGUACAUCAUUGCUCUGUUACGGAUGAUCUCAAUCAAACUCUCCGCCGAUUUUGGGAAAUCGAAGAAAUUCCCGCUUCAUCAAAAUAA